AUGAGUAAACGUCACGUAAAACCUUUAUCAGUUUUGAGAGAAGAGGUUCAACAGGAAUAUCAAAAAACACGUGAAGACUUUUAUGAUUCAAAGCUGUCAGAAAGCAAGGCCGCUGUGCAUGAAAGUAGUGAAAAAAUAAAGAAAUUACUUCAAGAAAAUGAAAGACAUUUUAAAAUAAAAAUACCAAAAUUUCAUGGUGAACCAUAUCCUGAAAUUGAUAGCUUAUAUGUUCCAAAAGGAAAAAAUGCUGGUGGACCAAGUCCUUCCAAAUCUCCAAAGGAAAAAAAACCUGCUAAAAUUGAUUUAAAUAUUCAAGAUUCCUUAUCAGCAAGUCACCGUAAAAAACGUUAUGAAAAACGCAAGGCGGCUAACAUUCCUGUACAAAAUCAAAUUCCAAGAUAUGCUCUCUGGACUCCAAUAAUAAGGAGCUCCAAGACAGAAGAUGAUCCCGUAUUAAGACAUCUUUAUUAUUUUGGCGAAGAUAGUGAAGAUGAUGGAGAUAUGGAUUAUUCUGAUGUAUAUGAAGAAAGUAUCGUUGGAAAAAAUGCCAUAGAUCCAGAAGGAGAGCAGAUAGCUGUGAGAACUUUACAUCGUAUCUUUAAUCAGAAUAAUAUUUCAAUCGGACUUGUUGAGAAAUCACUUUUCAAGAUUGAUCCUAAACAAAGCAAAGGUGUCACUACAUCAUCUAGAAUGGGUCGAUCACCUGUGACAGCUAACCGUGCAAUUGAGGUUGAUGACCACGAUGUUGAAAUUGUAGAAGUGGUCGUUAAUGCUCUUGCUAAAAUUUUAAAAGGGAAAGAAAUCAAGAAGUUAUUAUACAAGUAUUUGGAAUAUGCUCGUAAAUUUGAAUCUCCAUUAUUUACAACUGAAUCAACAAGUAUUCCAGACGACUCAAGUGAUAUGGACAUAGACUCAAGUAGUGAGGGUAGCAUAAAUUCAAUUAUGCAUUCAUAUUCUAGUUUGUGGUGUCGACGAUGUUAUGUGUAUGACUGCAAGCUCCAUGGUACCGAUUUUAGACCAUCUGAAAACAAAAAACGUCUUCGAACACCGAAUGAUAGAAAUAAACCUUGUGGAGCUGAUUGUUAUAUGCAUCUUAAAAGAGAGGCACGUUCUCCGUAUGAUAAAUGGAAUGAUGUCGAAAUCGCCUUAUUUAAUAAGGCUGCAUUGCUUAUGGGAAGCAAGAAUUAUUGUCAAAUAGCUGAGAUUAUUCCAAGUAAAAAUUGUAAACAGGUCUAUCGACGAUCUCGAGAACUUGGUGAAGUUGAAAAAGAGCAAGAGGUUGAGGUUGGAUCAUCUUCAGAUGAGGCUAGAAAGAAGAAUAGAAAAAUUUUGACUAAAAUUGAAAUUGAUGCGGAAAAUCAUUCGGAGUAUCACCCUUGUGAUCAUCCUGGCCGUCCAUGUGAUUUCAAUUGUCCUUGCAAGAAAGGCAAUGUUCCAUGUGAAAAAUAUUGUCACUGUGAUCUCGAUUGUCCAAGACGAUUUCCUGGUUGUAACUGUUAUGGAUUUGGAAAAACAUGUAGUAAUCGUGGUUGCAUAUGUUUUACUAAUUAUCGAGAGUGCGAUCCAGAUUUAUGUGGAUGUACUGCUUCAGAAUGCAACACAAAUCAUUCGGUUUCUGAGAAUGAUAUGGGGAGAUCUCUAUGUAAAAAUGUUGCAAUACAAAGAAGGCAAGCUAAGCAUACCAUUGUCGGCGUAUCUACGGUGGCAGGAUGGGGACUUUUCGUGAGAGAACUUGUCAAGAAAAAUGAAUACUUGGGAGAAUAUAUUGGAGAAGUUAUAUCACAGGCCGAAGCUGAUCGUCGUGGUAAAAUUUAUGAUAAACGAGGCACCAGCUUUUUAUUCAAUUUAAAUAAAGAUUUUGUUGUAGACGCGACUCGUAAAGGAAAUAAGUUUAGAUUCAUUAAUCAUUCACAAGAUCCAAAUGCAUAUUGUCGUGUCACUUUGGUUAAAGGGGAACAUCGUAUUGGAAUAUAUGCUUUGUGUGAUCUUGAACCUGGUUCGGAAUUAUUCUUUGAUUAUAGAUAUGAUGGGGAAGCCUUGAAAUUUGUACCCUUUGAACGUGAAUGUGCUAGUAGUCCUAUGAAAUAG